CUGAACGGUGAAACUCUGCAGAAUUCAGGAUGGAUUUCCAUCGGGUCGUUCUCCUACUCCUGGGCUGCCUGCCGCCGGCCGCUGCCAUGUACUUCGAUCUGGGAGAGCAGGAGCAAAAAUGCAUCAUAGAGGAGAUUCCUGAGGACACCUUGGUGACAGGAAACUUCUUCCUUGAGCCGUGGGACGUCACGUCGUUCAGCCACUCGCCUCACCUCGGCGUCACGGUUACCGUCAGAGACCCAAACCAGGAAGUUCAGUUGUCCAAACGCUACGGAGUAUUUGGUAAAUUCACCUUCACAGCUCACGCCUCCGGCCAGCACCACCUGUGCUUCCAAACCAACUCCACCAGGUUCUCUGUGUUCGCUGGAGAAAGGCUGAAGCUGCAUUUGGACGUUCAGAUGGGAGAGCACUCGGUAGAGCCCAACAUGGACCGGACCAAAGACAACCUGCAGAUUCUGGAGAGCAAUCUGCAACACCUGACCAGCCAGAUGAUGUACAUCACCAGGCAGCAGGAGUACAACCGGGAAAAAGAGGAGAUUUUCCGUCAGAUCAGUGAGGAAACCAACAGCAAGGUGUUGUGGUGGGCGGUGAUCCAAACCUCCAUCCUGCUCUCUGUUGGUUUCUGGCAGAUCAAACGACUCCAAGACUUUUUCAUCGCCAAGAAACUGGUCUGAUGUCGUCGUCUCCCCGAUCUGUACGGCACAAACAUCGUGUCAGGACUGGGAAACAAUAAUUAAACAUGAUAUCUGACCUGAUUCACAACUCUGCACGGGUAAUAAAAGAAAGCCUGAAAAAUAAAGGAAGGUUUAACAAAUUAAAUGUUUC